AUGAAUUCAAAUGUUUCCGAAGGUGAUGAUAUUCGAAGGACAAGCGAUGAAGAAAUUAACAGCAAAUCGGAUAACGACAACUCAAUUGGAGACCAACGGCCCAGACGAAAACAUUAUCACCGCCACACUUCGCGACAGAUACAAGAAAUGGAAGCGUUUUUCAAGGAAUGCCCACAUCCGGAUGACAGGCAAAGAAAAGAACUUAGUCGUGAACUAGGUUUGGAACCAAUGCAAAUCAAGUUUUGGUUCCAAAACAAACGCACACAGAUGAAGGCGCAACAUGAGCAUCAAGAGAACACCAAUCUCCGAAACGAAAACGAAAAGCUGCGUGCCGAAAAUAUGAGGUACAAAGAAGUACUAAGCAACGCAUCUUGCUCGACGUGUUGCGGCCCUACUCCUAUACGAGAAACAUCCUUUCAAGAACAACAACUGGUAAUAGAAAAUGCGCGAUUAAGACAAGAGAUUGACCACAUUUCUGCUAUAACAUCAAAGUACUUGGGCAAGCCCGUGACAUGCAUGACGGAUAAUCCAUCUUCUUCGUCAGCUCGUCGUUUGGUGUCUUUUGGAACUUCAAAGAAAAAUGGAAGAAGUAUUGAUAUUGCUAUUGCAGCCAUGGAAGAGCUCGUUAGAGUAGCUCGAUUGGGUGAGCCAUUGUGGGUGCCGAGUGUCGAUAGAAACUUUAGUUUAUUGAAUGAAGAAGAAUAUUUGAGGUCUUUUACAAGAGUUUUCGGUCCCAAACCUAAUGGAUACAAAUCGGAGGCUUCGCGUGAAUGUGCUGUUGUUUCUAUGUGUGCUACAAAUAUUGUUGAGAUUCUCAUGGAAGUGGUAUUGGUCGAUGUCUCGUUAGACCAUUUGCACUCCACCUCCUUAAUUACUUGUCGGAGAAGACCCUCCGGAUGUGUAAUUCAAGACAUGCCAAAUGGAUGUUCAAAGGUCACGUGGGUUGAGAAUAUCGAAGUAGAAGAAGGAGGUGGUCACAGUAUAUACAAGCCUCUAAUUACCGCAGGUCUAGCAUUCGGUGCAAAGCGUUGGAUUGCAAUUCUUGAUGGAUAUUGUCAACGCGUCGCUAGUGCAACCGACAUCCCUCCAAGCUCCAGCAAUUCCAAUUACUUAGCAAACGAGGAAGGUAGGAAAAGCUUGUUGAAGCUAGCGGAAAGAAUGAUAGGUCGGUUUUGCAAUGGAGUAAACGCUUCAAUCAACAACACAUGGACAACCCUAUCCGGAAUCGGAAACGAUAGUGUCAAAGUGAUUACCCGGAAAAACGUGGAUGACCCGACUAUGCCAUUCGGUAUUCAACUCUGUGUUGCAACUUCUUUCUGGCUUCCCAUUCCACCAAAAAGAGUUUUUAACUUCUUGAGGAAUCUUAAACGAAGAAAGGAGUGGGACAUGCUUUCGAGUGGUGCCGAGUUUCGCGAAAUGGCGCACAUUGUGAGCGGAGAUGAAAUAGGCAACCGAGUUGCAUUAUAUCAAGAUAUGAGUUCAAGGGAGGGGAAGAUGAUACUAUUGCAAGAAAGUCGGACUGAUCAAACAGCGUCUUAUGUUGUUUACGCUCCAAUGGACCCGGUUUACGUGAGUGCAACUAUAGGCGGUGGAGAUCCAAAUCAUGUGCCCUUACUUCCGUCGGGAUUCGCCAUUCUUCCUGAUGGGCCCACCGGCGGUCAAGGCAGGGGAACGGCAGCUCAAGUUGACUCCGGAGGAUCUCUUUUGACUGUGGCACAUCAGGUUUCUUCUCCUUCCUUCUCUCUUUUUUUCUUUGUGAUUUUGGUUGAUUCUUCUCCAAAUGCAAAGAUUUCAAUGGGAUCAAUUGCAAUGGCUAACCAAAUUAUUAGUUGCACUGUGGACAACAUAAAGAAGGCAUUGAUUCCAUGA